CAGGGUUUUUACUGUACUGUUCUUCCGGGUUGAAGGUGCAAACCCUGGCUGGGUUCGGAGCCUCCAGCUUGCCAUCUCCGGGUCCCCUCCCGGGCAGGCUCUCUCCCUCCAAGUAAAGUACAUUGGAGGGGAUCACUACAUUAAGACCAACAUGGCAAGCAUACUGAAAACAAUGGUGACGAGCUAUUCAAGUCCUCUGCUCAUUAAUUUGGGAUCAUUUAAGGUGCUACCUGGGAAAACAGAAGUUUUACGAACUUUUCACACCCAUCAGACCCUAUGGUGUAAAGCUCCUGUGAAACCAGGAAUUCCAUAUAAACAGUUGACUGUGGGGGUCCCCAAGGAAAUUUUCCAAAAUGAGAAGAGGGUAGCUUUAUCACCAGCUGGUGUUCAGGCCUUGGUUAAACAGGGCUUUAAUGUGGUGGUGGAAUCAGGUGCAGGUGAAGCCUCCAAGUUUUCUGAUGAUCACUACAGAGCUGCAGGAGCUGUAAUCCAAGGGACACAGGAAGUAUUAGGAUCUGACUUGGUUGUCAAAGUUAGAGCUCCCAUGCUAAACCCUGUAUUAGGUACCCAUGAGGCUGAUCUUUUAAAGAAAUCUGGCACAUUGAUUAGUUUUAUCUACCCAGCUCAAAAUCCAGACUUGCUGAAAAAACUUUCUGAAAGAAAAACUACAGUUCUGGCAAUGGACCAGGUUCCAAGAGUCACCAUUGCUCAGGGAUAUGAUGCUCUUAGCUCGAUGGCCAACAUUGCUGGUUACAAAGCAGUUGUACUAGCAGCAAAUCAUUUUGGACGUUUUUUCACUGGCCAGAUUACAGCAGCCGGAAAAGUUCCUCCAGCUAAGAUUCUUAUCAUUGGUGGUGGAGUUGCUGGGCUUGCAUCUGCUGGAGCAGCUAAGGCUAUGGGGGCAAUUGUUCGAGGGUUUGAUACCAGAGCUGCAGCUUUGGAACAGUUUAAGUCUCUUGGGGCAGAACCUUUGGAAGUGGACUUGAAAGAAUCAGGAGAGGGACAAGGAGGAUACGCCAAAGAAAUGUCCAAAGAAUUCAUUGAAGCAGAAAUGAAACUUUUUGCCCAGCAGUGUAAAGAAGUUGAUAUUCUCAUCAGCACAGCCCUUAUUCCAGGUAAAAAAGCCCCGAUUUUGUUUACAAAAGACAUGAUUGAAUCAAUGAAGGAAGGCUCAGUUGUUGUGGAUUUAGCAGCUGAAGCAGGAGGAAACUUUGAAACAACUAAGCCAGGGGAACUUUAUGUCCAUAAGGGAGUUACUCAUAUAGGCUAUACAGACCUUCCUAGUCGAAUGGCUACCCAGGCCAGUACGCUGUAUUCAAACAAUAUUAUCAAACUUCUAAAGGCAGUUAGCCCUGACAAAGAUAAUUUCUAUUAUGAGGUGAAAGAUGACUUUGACUUUGGCACAAUGGGCCAUGUUAUUAGAGGGACUGUGGUAAUGAAGGAUGGCAAGAUAAUUUUCCCAGCACCAACACCAAAAAAUAUUCCUCAGGGAGCCCCUGUGAAACCAAAGACAGUAGCUGAGCUUGAAGCUGAGAAAGCAGCUAGUAUUACCCCAUUCCGCAAGACUAUGACUACAGCAUCUGCGUAUACAGCAGGUCUAACUGGUAUACUUGGUUUGGGCAUUGUAGCUCCCAAUUCAGCCUUUUCUCAGAUGGUGACAACUUUUGGAUUAGCUGGCAUUGUGGGCUACCACACAGUUUGGGGUGUCACUCCUGCUCUCCACUCACCUCUGAUGUCUGUAACUAAUGCUAUCUCAGGUUUGACUGCAGUUGGAGGGUUAGCACUAAUGGGAGGACACAUCUAUCCUUCUAAUACACCUCAGGGUCUUGCUGCACUUGCUGCUUUCAUAUCUUCUGUCAACAUUGCAGGUGGUUUCCUGGUGACCCAAAGAAUGUUGGACAUGUUUAAACGGCCAACUGAUCCCCCUGAAUACAAUUACUUGUAUCUGCUCCCAGCUGGUACAUUUGUUGGGGGUUAUUUAGCUUCACUCUAUGGUGGUUACAACAUUGAACAGAUGAUGUAUCUGGGCUCAGGUCUGUGUUGUGUUGGUGCCCUGGCCGGUCUUUCCACACAAGGAACUGCUCGUCUUGGAAAUGCCUUGGGCAUGAUUGGUGUUGCUGGAGGUUUGGCAGCCACUCUGGGAAGUCUUAAUCCCAAUCCAGAAUUGUUAGCUCAGAUGUCUGGGGCAAUGACUCUGGGUGGAACCAUUGGUUUGACAAUUGCUAAGCGUAUCCAGAUUUCUGAUUUACCUCAGUUAGUUGCUGCUUUCCACAGUCUGGUAGGUUUGGCAGCUGUGUUUACUUGUAUAGCAGAAUACAUGAUUGAGUAUCCACAUUUUGCAGUGGAUCCAGCAGCAAAUCUCACCAAAAUUGUGGCAUAUCUAGGAACUUAUAUUGGUGGUGUGACUUUUAGCGGCUCACUCAUUGCCUAUGGAAAAUUGCAGGGAAUACUGAAAUCUGCCCCUCUCCUCCUUCCUGGAAGGCAUUUACUCAAUCUAGGAUUGUUGACUGCUAGUGCAGGUGGAAUAAUUCCAUAUAUGCUUGAUCCAAGCUACACUAUGGGAAUUACUUGUCUGGGUUCUGUGUCUGCCCUGUCAGCCAUCAUGGGUGUGACUUUAACAGCUGCUAUUGGUGGUGCUGACAUGCCUGUAGUUAUUACUGUAUUGAACAGCUAUUCAGGAUGGGCCCUGUGUGCUGAAGGUUUCCUUCUUAACAACAACUUGCUCACUAUUGUGGGUGCUCUGAUUGGCUCCUCUGGUGCUAUCCUUUCCUACAUCAUGUGUGUGGCCAUGAAUCGUUCCCUCGCUAAUGUAAUCCUUGGAGGCUAUGGCACAGCUUCGACUGCUGGUGGGAAACCUAUGGAAAUUUCUGGCACACAUACCGAAAUUAAUUUGGAUAAUGCUAUUGACAUGAUAAAAGAAGCCAAUAGCAUCAUCAUUACUCCAGGCUAUGGUUUGUGUGCAGCUAAAGCCCAAUACCCUAUAGCUGAUUUGGUAAAGAUGCUUACUGAACAAGGGAAAAAGGUCAGGUUUGGAAUCCAUCCAGUUGCAGGCCGAAUGCCUGGUCAGCUGAAUGUACUUCUAGCUGAAGCUGGGGUCCCAUAUGAUAUUGUGUUAGAAAUGGAUGAGAUCAAUCAUGAUUUCCCAGAUACUGAUUUAGUCCUUGUAAUUGGUGCAAAUGACACUGUUAAUUCAGCAGCUCAAGAAGAUCCCAACUCUAUUAUUGCUGGGAUGCCAGUUUUAGAAGUCUGGAAAUCAAAACAGGUAAUUGUUAUGAAGAGAUCUCUGGGAGUUGGCUAUGCUGCAGUGGACAACCCAAUAUUCUACAAACCCAAUACUUCAAUGCUUUUGGGGGAUGCCAAGAAGACUUGUGAUGCUUUACAGGCAAAAGUUAGGGAAUCCUACCAGAAGUAGAUAAUCUGUAGCUAUUGUCUUCAACUAAAAGAAAAGAAGAAAAUCUGUAUAUUAUGUCUUUGAGAAAGACAAGACUCUGAAAAAUAUGAAGAGGACAGAUUCCAUUCCAAUGUAAUGAACUGUCACAGUUUUUAAAAGGAGUAUCGAAGAUAUUAUAUCUUUCUGUGCAUGUCUUUGAUAUGAUGAGUCAGAAGCAUUUUACAAAAAGGCAAUAUCAUUUUAGGUGAAAUUCAGUUGAGAAAUUUUUCCUCCCUUCACUAUUAGUAGCCAGCAAUUUUUCAAAAAGGAAAAAUAUGAUAUUUUAGGAACAUUUAGCAUUAGACUAAGAAUAUGUCGUAAUAUAAACAUUGUAUUCACCUGUAUUUUUCCAAAUUUUUUGUUAAUCAAAGCUUUAUCUGUUCUUGAGUUGUCCCCUUAAGCCAUAUCCAACUUUUCAUUUUUUCAGUCUGUUGUUUCAAAACCUGAGUUUUGGGGUUAUUUUUGUAUAAUGUACUCUUAAUAGCUCAGCUAAACUCUGAAAUUCUGGAAAACAUUAAAGUUAUUGGCAUUCAUGUGUUUCACUGGAAGCUAUGUGUUGAGCCAUGAUGAAAUAUACCAAUUUGAAAUCUGUUUCGCUUUUAAAAUUUAACUCACUUUAUGAUAUUAUAAUAACUGUUUGAGUUCAUAUGGUAAGUUUAGUUGAGUACUCAAUUUAUAUUGUGUAGGGCUGUUUUAUUUUUAUUAAGUGCACUUGAGUGGAAUUCAAAUAUUUGACUAAUAAAAUGAAUUUAUCAUGUUUGCAUAAUGAUGUAGCAACUGUUUCUGGUGACAAAGGCUAAAUACAGAUAGUUUUACUUGUGUUAGAAAGCAUUAACAUCUGGGGAAGACAUGCUACUAUGAAGUAAAUGAAAUGAAUCCAUCUUAAUUGUUUAUAAAAAUAAUUUUUCAAAUCAUUGUGUUGGGAUUUUGUGUGAUGACAUUUGAAAAAAAAAGAGCACCUUUUUCACUACCCCUUUUUGAGGCAGAAAUAUAGAUUGUUGGUUGAUCUUGUCUGCUAUGCUAAAAGCUUCUUAUAUUUUUGACUUUGUGGAAAAAGUGUACACAAAGACUAAAAAACAUUUAUAUAAAUUUUGGGAUUUUCCUCUACAGAAUUCAGCUACCUUAUUUUGUCACUAGCAGAUAUGGUAUGUAAAAUCACAAUGAAACAAAAAAAAUCUUUUCAUCGUGUCAUUUUGAAAGAUUUAUUUAUUAGGUACACAGCUUAUGUUUCUAUGUGCUUCAUUAAGCUCAGUGUUUUCUAUGAAUAGGAAGGUAUCGUUUCCUUUAUAUUUUAAGUAACAAAUGCAAUAGGCUAAUGGAUGACAAUUUACUUUUAACUUCAAUACUACAUUUUAUCAUGAAAGAUUUAUUUGAAAGAUUAAACAGUAUUUCUUUACUGAUACUAUUUCAGUGUGGUAGGGAGGUAUAAAUGGGAGAGUAGAGACAUUUAUUCUUUGGAGAUAGCUGCUUAAAAUAAGAUUACACUGAAAGCAGCCAAAUUAAACCUUAAAUUAUUAUUUUUGUUGCCAUUUGUAGUAGUCCUUUUUUUUUUUUUUAUUUUAACAAAUCUCCUGUUCCACCAGAAAUUUCCAGUGAUCUCACAUUUUUGCCUACUUGAUAAUAAGCCUUUGUCAUACAGUCCUAUUAAAUGAAAUGAAAAUUAAACUCAAAGUGGUUCUAUUUGAUAGAUUUGCUUUUUAGUUUAUUGCUUCUCUUAUUAGUCUUUUUAACUUAACAUUAUGAAUUACAGUCAAAAAUUUUAAAUGCCAAACUCAUUUUGUUUCCACAUAAGAAUAUUCACAUUAGUGAAUAUUCUUUUUCACCCUCUAUAUUGUCUUAAAUUUUGUAGUAGUAAAUCAUUUGAGUGCCUCUAUUGUUCACUAUAUAUUUUUGCUUCUGAGGCAAACAUGAUGCAUAGCUCCUCUUUGCUUUCAUAUUCUGACAUUCAUGUAGUCUUUAGCUUCUAGUAUCCAUGGGUCCUUUGUAGUUUUCUUUUCUUCUAGAGUGGAUUGUUUUGAAAUCAACCACCUUGCUAAAUAGGCCUCCAAAUGUUUUAAUAAAUGAUGCCUAAAAUGUU